CGAAGAAUAUGACCUAUAACCCGGGCCGCCUGCGGUCGCUCCCUUCUCCAUCACUUCAGCCCCAGGGUCACUCUCCUUUCCCGAACUUCCCUGCACAUCCGUCAACCAAAAAAUCCGGAAAAAGAAUGUUGGAUUCUAUCGAGCUCUUCGGUGGUUCUUGCCUGCGGAGGCCUCAAAAUCUCGUCUCGACACCGGCUCGUAUCAAGAACGUUGCCACUAGGCCCAUGGCUAUUCUGGGAUUUCCUGGUUUUAACUCGGGGAAGAGCGGGGCGCUCUUCUGCAGAGCCCUCGACGCGAAGGCGGUGGAAGGGGAGGUGUUCUCGGUGACGUCGUCGAGCAAGUCGGAUGUGGAUUACCUUGGUGAGAGCACCAAAGGGGAUUUGAAUGUCAAGCAAGAACACCUGGAGGCAUUCGGGUUGGAUGGUCAGGCAGCCUUGGAUGGCCCGAUUGAAGAGAUAGCCAGGAUAGAAGCCAAAGAAGCAGAGACAUUACUUACCGAGUUGGGAAUUGCGGAUCCUUUUUCGUUAAGACAUUCUCCUCGUGGUAUAUUCUGUAGCAGGACUCUAAAUCUCCGGUCAAUCAGUGCCAUUGGUUAUGACAUGGACUAUACAUUGGUACACUAUAAUGUAAUGGCCUGGGAAGGGCGAGCAUAUGAUUAUGGAAUGGCCAACCUUAGGAGCAUGGGUUUUCCAGUAGAUGGCCUUGAGUUUGAUCCUGAUUUGGUCAUUAGAGGUCUUGUCAUGGACAAAGAAAGAGGAAACUUAGUUAAGGCCGAUAGAUUUGGAUAUGUGAAGAGGGCCAUGCAUGGUACCAAAAUGCUUUCUACUCGAGCUGUCAGUGAGAUUUAUGGAAGAGAACUGGUUGAUCUGCGAAAUGAAGGUCAAUGGGAGUUCCUUAACACCCUUUUCUCUGUUUCAGAAGCUGUGAUGUUCAUGCAGAUGGUUGACAGAUUGGAUGAAGGAGCAGUGCGGACAGAACUUGGGCCACUUGAUUAUAAGGGGCUCUUCAAGGCUGUCUCAAAAGCACUCUUCAGAGCACAUGUUGAAGGUCAACUUAAGAGCGAGAUAAUGACUGAACCGGAACGAUUUGUAGAGCCUGAUCCGGAACUACCUCUGGCUCUGUUGGAUCAAAAGGAGGCUGGUAAACGAUUGCUAUUAAUUACCAACUCCGACUACCAUUACACAAAUAAAAUGAUGCAUCAUGCCUUCAAUAAAUUUCUUCCUAAUGACAUGGGAUGGCGAGAACUUUUUGACAUGGUCAUAGUUUCUGCAAGCAAGCCAGAGUUUUUCCAAAUGUCACACCCAUUGUAUGAGGUUGUCACAAGCGAUGGAUUAAUGCGCCCAUGUUUUAAAGCACGUUCAGGGGGCCUGUACUCUGGUGGGAGUGCUCAGAUGGUAGAGAAAUCCCUUGACAUUCAUGGUGAUGAAAUCUUAUAUGUUGGUGACCAUAUAUUCACGGAUGUAAGCCAAUCCAAAGUUCAUUUGCGAUGGCGGACAGCAUUGAUCUGUCGCGAAUUGGAAGAUGAGUUUAAUGCACUGAUCCAUAGUCAAAGCUGCAGAGCAGCACUAAUAACGCUUGUACAACAAAAGGAAGUUGUAGGAGAUUUAUUUAAUCAGCUACGUCUUGCCCUACAACGACGAACUAAAGGCCGCCCAGCUCAGACUCUUUCUGCAACUAAUAUGGAUGAACAAGAACUAACAGAGAGCAUGCAAAAGCUGCUUAUUGUUAUGCAAAGAUUAGACCAGAAAAUUGCACCAAUGUUAGAAGCAGAUGGGGAACUCUUCAAUAGAAGAUGGGGUUAUCUCUCACGUGCUGGCUUGUGGGAUAAAAGCCACCUUACUAAACAAAUUGAAAAGUAUGCUGAUAUCUAUACAUCAAGGGUUUCAAAUUUCCUACAUUAUACACCAUUCAUGUAUUUCCGUUCACAAGAACAGAUGCUUGCACAUGAUUCACACUCAUAUUCUUCUAGAGACGUUAAUGGAGUUGCACUUGAUGACAUGCAGUAAUCUCCUUUGUUGUCAAACCUUCAGAUUUUGCAUCAUAUUCAAUUGACAGGGUAUGCAAUGCUGGAUGCUGAUGAGAUGAAUCUUCUUCCCGAAAGAAGGAUCCAAUGAUCAUUGAUUUUAUUUAAUUCCAAAGAGGGAUACUUGAAGAUAGAGAUGCAGUGUUACAUUAUUAUUUUCGAGAGAAGGUAAGGGAGACCCAACUGCAUUAUAAUCAUCCAAGUUUAUAUUUUUGGGAGUGCACCAAUGAAUAAUAGUGUCCAAAAUCUCUGGUCGUGAGCUUGUGGACAAGCCUCAAUUCAUGGCAUCACAUCAUUGUUGCCAUUUCUCUUUUCAUCUUUUGCAUACCAAUCAAUAUCAAUGUGAUAUCAAGAUCAUGGUGCUUGUUUAUUGAUUGCAGAGUUGAAAGACUGAUCUCCCAAGAUUUUUUUUUAAACAGUAUUAAAAAGCUCUAUUGUCAAAUGAGUGUUAUGUGUAUUUUCCUUUCCAAAAGUAUAACCUAUUGUGAGUUGCUCUCUGAUUUGAAACUGAAGAGCCUUAAACUUUUUAGUGGAUUCUAAUGUCUGAUAGCAAGGACUCAAGUGCUGAUACAAGUUAUUGCAAAACAUGUGAAACAUGAAUUCCCAUGCUGGCACGAACAUUGUUACUUGAAUCCUUGCCUAAUAAACGUCUCAUUCUAUAAUAACAGCAUUUUUUAUUGGUUAUUUAGCAA